UUUCCGCAAUGCUCGUUUGGUCGGUCAGCGACCGCAUGCUCAGACUAUUGUUUACGUCAGAAGAUAAAUUAGGGCAUCUUUAAGACCUCUAUUCGGCGCGGAUUGGCGCGUUCUCAAGCCUCUUUCCAAUAAAUUUCAUAACAAUUGUCCAAUUUUUCACAAAACAAAAAAUAACAACACACACAACAACAAUAUUGAAGAAAAAACCGCACUGAAAAAUGUCGAAUGAUUAAAGGUGAUGUAAUGUGCGAAAGAAUUCUGCAAUGUUUACACAAAGAAAUGUACGGUGUCUUGAAGAAAGGAAAGGUGCCAGCAAGAAGGAAAGGACAUAUGGAAUGUUAGCACGGUUAUUGCAAUUCGAUAGCAAAUAGAAAUGGUUACAAACGAAAGUGAGAAAAGAAAGCCCAAUUGAAUGCGCGAGCAAACAGUCCCAUGUCAAUGGAAUAAAAUUUAAUGAAUUGUGAGCGCCGAUUGAGCAGAUGUUCGGUUAAUCUUAAGCAAUUGUACGGUGGAUUUUAUCGAUUCUUAUAUAUUCUCAUAUAGGAACCUAUGUACAUACAUUUAUACACAUAUGUAUGUAUGUGUACUUACAUAAAUAUGUAUCAUACAUGCAUGCCUACAUGAGGAGGAAAUGAUUCGCCACUAAAUUCUUGUACCGCAGAUAAUUAUUACUUCCAUAUGAAAAACAACUAUCGCAGUCACACACAGCCACAUGUACCUAUAAACACAAGGUUCCAACCGAGAGUCCAUUCCUCCUAUCGACACAACAAUUUUUAGACUUUGAAACAUUUUUUUCCUAAGCACUUCCUUACUAAAUAUUGCUAAAAACUGGACUGAGUACAAAACAAUUUUGCAAAUACGUAAAGCAAACUGCAGAGAUGAGUGCAAAUCAAAGGCUUAGAGCAGAUAGCACAACAAAUGCGAAAACUUGAACAAUGUUGAGUUUGAAGUAAUUUUAACUUUAAAGUAUGGAUCUAUAAAUCUAUAUAUAUAUAUGUAUAGUAUGUCGUAUUCCCGAGUCCAAAUUUUUCUCCACUCAUACCCAACAAACAUUUGUUUUCAACUCUACAAUUCUCACCCUUAUUGUAGCACACAAAGUCUUCAUAUAAUUUAGUGGAGACUUUACUCUCUUCAAAAAUGAGAAGAGUUUGAAAAGGUGGUGCUGCCACGAUCCAAAGGAAAUGAAGUAGUUAAAACGUAGCAGUGCUGCUAUGCGCCUUGCACUCCGGUUCACAUUCGAGUUUUGUACACAGCCGUGAACGGACGAGUUUUCCGAGGCCAUAUUAUACAAACAAAGUCAGUGCCUUUUACGUGAAUAAAAUCAUACAUAUGCCUAUACCUCAACUUAAAUAAAAGCAUCAUAUAUGUAAAACAACGAUUUUUAUUCAAGUACUUAAAAAGAUAUUCAACUAAAUUCCUAUAAACAAUGCUUAAGUGGGCAGUUAACACACCGCGACUCUCCUAUCUUACAGUGGACGACUCAAAAGCAAAUACCGACAACUUGCAGCUUAAACCUUUAAGCGUCUUAUCCCCAGGAAAGCUCAACACUCCUAAUGAAAUAAUUUCCACCCAAACACAAACGCUCUCCGUGAAACGGCAGAGGCUGAAACGGAAAUCUUCUGAUAUUUACCUUUCACGUCGUUUGCAAAACUGGUUGGAUAAGGAAAAUCAGGUGACAUCUACUCCACUUCACUCAAGCUCAAAGAUAUAUAACAAAAACGGUCCUGUGCGUCGACUUAACAGUUUCAAAGACUUGUCCAACAUCAUACCUUAUGAGAACGCUGUCUCCAAUAAUCCCCCAAACCCAAUCUUAUCACAGUUUAACGCACCAAAUCAGAGUUUGGAUAAUGAUAUAUUAACAAAGAACAAUCCUGUCAACUAUGCUGCUACACUGCCUACUCUCGAAGUAGAAUACUCGCCAUGCGGUCUAGUUCCCGGACCGAUUCUGGCAUUGCGCGGUUUAGGUAUUGCUGAUAGAUACUUUGACCAACCACGAUAUCUGCCAUAUAAUAAAAGCGAUGACACUAUAGUACAAACAAAACCAACCAUUAAUAUAACUAAUUCUACGUUUCAAAGUCAAAGGCAUACACGACGAUCUUUGAAUAGCAUACGCGAUGAUACUGCAUCAUUGAGCUCUUCCAAAAUGGGUGAUCAAACGCUGGAACGUAUGAUAGAUGCGAUACUGGAGAGCACAAGAAAGGAAAAGAAGCCUAUGAAGUUUGCGAGACAAUCAACUAACCAGCAGUGCAUGAUAAUGUCGCCCACAUAUACACCUGCAGAAGAUCCCGCCAACGAUUUAAGUGAAUUUUGGAUUGAGACACAAAAUGAAGAGCCGCUUUUACAAACAACACGAAAGAAGCGACGUUCUCUACCAGCUAGUGUUGCUUCAAUAUACAGCGAGCGAGAAGUUCGGUCCCCACAUCGGACAAGCAACCGUAAACGUAAUAUUUUCCACUUGCGCCGACAGCGAGCAGUGCGUAGAAAACGGAAAACGCCUAAGGACAGCGUGAAACAAUAUACACAUAAAAUAGGUGAGCCAACAUCGACAAACAAAGAACUAACAGAAUCGGGCGAACACAAUUGCAAACGAAUUGAUAAUUCAAGCCCUGAUAGUGGUCACAAUUCCUUCAGCGAAUUGGAUGACAACUCCAUCAUGCUAGAGAGUAAUUGCUUAGCGAUCGUCAGCCCGCUCGAGAACUCUGACCUGCGUGCUUUAGAUUCUACAAAAAGGCGCCUUAGCUUUUCAAAUCAGACGUCAAUCGUAUAGCAUACGUAUGCAUAACAAUACAUGCAUACGUUUUAAGGAUUCCCGUUAUAAUUUGUUGCAUCUUCUCUU